AUGAUACUCAUCCAACUGACUAUCUUCUUCAUCAUCAUCUAUGUGCUUGAGUCCUUGACCACAAUUGCACAAAGCAGCUUCAUGGUUGCAGUGCUGGGCAGAAAGUGGAUGCAGGUCAAAAGAUUGUCAUCAGUGGAAAUGAUCCUCAUCAGCCUGGGCAUCUGCCAUUUCUGUCUGCAGUGGACAUCAGUGUUGAACAAUUUUGGCUCCUAUUUUAACUAUAAUUACACAUUUUGGAACAUAGCAAUCAUCUGGGAGUUCACUAAUAUUCUUACAUUCUGGUUAACCAGCUUGCUUGCUGCCUUCUACUGUGUCAAGAUCGCUUCCUUCACCCAUCCAAUCUUCCUCUGGCUGAGGUGGAGAAUUUUGAGAUUGGUUCCCUGGUUGUUGCUGGGUACUCUGAUACUUUCCUGUGUAGCAUUCAUCCCUUCAGUUAUUAGGAAUCAAAAACAGAUGCAAUUAAUCACCAUGAAGCAUUUAUCCGGAAACAGCACUUGGACUGAGAGAUUUCACCUGUUUGAGCAGUAUUUUUUCAAAGCUGAAACAAUUGGUGUGCUGCUUGUUCCCUUCCUCCUGUUCCUGGCCUCAAUGGUCUUAGUUAUGGCCUCACUGAUCCGGCACAGGGAGCAGAUGCAACAACAUAACUCUGGCCACUGCAACUCGAGCACGCAAGCUCACCGUACUGCCCUGAAGUCUCUUGCUACAUUCUUCAUAGUAUUCACCUCUUAUUUUCUGAUCUUAGUAAUCCAAUUUGUAAGUACAGUAUCUGGUAAUGGAUCUUUGUACUGGCUCUGGGAAGCCAUCAUCUAUGCUCUAAUUUCUAUUCAUUCUACUUCACUGAUGCUGAGCAGCCCUACAUUGAAAAGGGUCCUAAAGAUGAAGUGCUUGGGCCCAGAGGCUACCUGA